AUCCCUGCUGCAGACUGUACGGUGCAGCUCAUUUACAUGACAGAGCAGCGGGCUCUCACACUCCCACCUCUACAUGUACAGCGAGCGUCGUCCAAUAAAAGAAUGCUGCCGCGAGCAGUCAGCCAAUGAAGACAGAGCAUUUCCGAGGUUUUCCGCUUUCCCCGAAACUUCUUGACAGAUCCGACUUCAGAUUGAGAGAAUUCAAGAUGGCUGCUCCAGGUUCGAAGUAAAGGGCUAACUCUUCUGGAUCCCACGGUGCAUGAAGCUCUCCUGAGGUUGUGGUGUUUAAUUCCUGCGUCCCCCAGCGCCUCCUGUCUCUCAUCAUGUCCUCCACCUCCUCCUGCUCCUAUUCCUCGGGAGAGACCAGUCCAGAGGACGUACCCCGAGGUGGGGGCACCAUCCGAGUCUACCUCCCCAACAAACAGAGAACAGUGGUGAAUGUUCGUCAAGGACAGACCGUGCACGAGAGUCUAGAUAAAGCACUCAAAGUGAGGGGCCUAAGCCAAGAGUGCUGCGCUGUAUUUCGCCUUCUGGAAGGUCGUAAGAGACUGACGGAUUGGGACACAGACAUCACUCCUCUGGUUGGAGAGGAGCUUUUAGUCGAGGUCCUGGAUGAUAUUCCCCUCACCAUGCACAACUUUGUACGAAAAACCUUCUUCAAGCUGGCGUACUGUGAUUUUUGCCACAAGUUUCUUUUUAACGGCUUCAGAUGUCAAACAUGUGGCUACAAAUUUCACCAGCACUGCAGUAGCAAGGUCCCGACUGUGUGCGUGGACAUGGAUACAGUGAGCAAACGGUGUGACCCCAAUACCUGCACAGAUGAGUUCCCACGGAUACUAUUGCCAGAAAAUUCCCCAUCACAGAGCAACCCAGCCUUAACCCCAGAGCCUGCUGGGAUGGACCUCCUGUCCCCGACCUCGGCCUUUCGCUUCCCCAUACCAAGCGGAGAUUGUCAGUCUCUACAGAGGCAUCGCUCCACCUCCACUCCCAAUGUUCACAUGGUCAGCACAGUGGGCCCUGCUGGUGCCAGCAUUAUAGAGGAAGCACUAAAAUUAGCAAUAGGUCCUGAGCCCUCACCAAAGCCCUCCACCAGCCCACCGUCUUCUCUUGGCUCUCCAGGGAGGAGACCGCCCAAGUCUCCUUCAGAGCACAAGGAGCGCAAGCCCUCCUCAUCAGACGACAAAAAGAAAGUGCAUCGAGGGGGUUAUAGAGACUCAACUUACUACUGGGAGGUCCACUCUCGAGAAGUCAACAUUCAGAAGAGAAUAGGUGCUGGCUCCUUUGGAACAGUCUUCAAGGGCAAGUGGCACGGAGACGUGGCAAUCAAGAUCCUUAAAGUGACAGAACCAACGCCUGAGCAGUUACAUGCCUUCAAGAAUGAAAUGCAGGUCUUGCGGAAGACCCGCCACGUCAACAUCCUGCUGUUCAUGGGUUACAUGACUAAGCCCAACUUUGCCAUCAUCACACAGUGGUGUGAAGGCAGCAGCCUGUACCGCCAUCUGCAUGUCACAGAAACCAAGUUUGACACUAUGCGUCGCAUUGAUGUGGCCAGACAGACAGCACAGGGCAUGGAUUAUCUUCAUGCAAAGAACAUAAUUCACCGAGACCUGAAAUCAAACAAUAUUUUUCUCCAUGAGGGCUGGACUGUUAAGAUUGGUGACUUUGGCUUGGCCACAGUAAAGGCUCGGUGGAGCGGCUCUCAACAGGUAGAACAGCCCAGUGGAUCCAUUCUCUGGAUGGCUCCUGAGGUGAUCCGAAUGCAGGACAGCAACCCGUACACGUUCCAGUCUGAUGUAUACGGCUAUGGUGUAGUGUUGUUUGAGCUGAUGUCAGGGACCCUGCCUUACUCCAAUAUCAACAACAGAGAUCAGAUAAUCUUUAUGGUUGGACGCGGUUACUUGUCUCCAGACCUCAGUAAGCUGUCUAGUACCUCGCCCAAGUCAAUGAAAAGACUCAUCAUUGACUGCCUGAAGUUCAAACGUGACGAGAGGCCGCUGUUUCCACAGAUCCUGGUAGCCAUUGAGCAGGUUCAAGACCUGUUGCCAAAAAUCGAGCGGAGUCGCUCUGAGCCGUCGCUCCAUCGGGCCGUCCAUGCAGAGGACCUAAACCCCCUCCUCUUCCACACCACCAGGUUGAUGCCCCUCUAAGCUUCCCACUGUACUGGGCAGAGAGGUCGUCACCCUGUCCUAAACCACAGCAUUCUCAUGCCUCAGAGAGGCCACAGGCUGACUGUCCUGAUGGGCCGUGACCCCCCCCAACUCAUUCCCUGCCCCUGCAGAGCUCUGGGGCUGCAGCAGUCAGCACAAAAGAAGUCUGAGUCUGCAGGAAUAACCGUAACACUUUGUUUAGUCUGAUAGCAAAUCUUCUUUUUCCGUUAAACAAGUGACAAAGAUCUGUUCAUAAAUGAAAUAAUCUUCUAGAUGUUAAUAUGCCUCCCGUCAGUUUAUUGGAGAAAAGCCAUCAAACUGGUUGACUAGCAUUAGAUACCAUUAGGUUCCAUUUGUUUGGAGGAAAAGUGAAAUACAAAAUUGUGUCGCCCAUUUUCAGUGGUAAAAUAGUCUUAUUCAGACCUUUUGAGGAGCACUGUGAUCAUAGCCAAAAACUGAAAUAGCUUCAUCAGCCAUAAUGCUGGAGCUGCUGGUACAGGUCACGUAAUCAGCUGUCAUGCACCCCUUUCAGUCUAAUGCAACAUUAAUGUGGUCAGAGAUCCAAGAUGUGAAGCUGGUGAUUUCAAAGCAAACUGAUGUUCGAGGGGUUCUGUUGACUGGACAUUUUGUCUCAGUGGAAACUCCACCUGCUUUUCAAAUAUUUCACUGUUAGAAUUUUUGUUAGUGAGAGAACUCAUUUAACUACAAAAGUAACCCAACAUGAGGAGGAGGAAAAAAAUCUAAAUGUUGGAAAUCUAUAUGAACUAUGCAAAAAGGUUUAAACGACAUCCUCAAGGAGGAGCUCGGUUGUCCUUCAAAUCACAAUGUUUCCAAUGUUGCAGUGGACUAAAAAAGUGCAUUUGAACGUCUAACCCAGUAGAGCCUGUCACAAUUGAUUGUAGAUCCAAAUAAAAAUACAUUUCUAUGACCGCACUUCUGUGAAUGGGAAACGUACACCAGAACAAGUUCAAGUGGUCUAAAAACAAGCCCAGCCUUAUUUUAAGACACUGUCAGUCCUGAAACACGUUAUUUCACGUUACUUGUAAUGUUUUUUUUUUUUUACUAUACUCCUUCGGCUUGUUGUAAAACAGCAUUUCCUUUUUAGGACCAAUAUUUUUGCAGUGCAUCCAAAAGAGUUUGUCGUAUCAUUGAAUUAGUCUUUCUGAUCUAUAAAGUCUUCAAACUAAACUAUCACAGGUUUUGCUGAAUAUUUAAUUUGAACCUGUUGAGAGAAAAUACAACCGAAACGUCAGGUAAUCAUCACAGGCUAACCACUAACACCGGCACUCAUGGACAUCACAAUAACUCAGCUCAAUGUAUUGAUACACACAGGACACUUUGUUGUGUGCUCUCAGCAGAGCGCAUAUUUAAAGAACAUUUUUAUUCCACUGAUUCCACGAGUUUGCAGGAUCAAUGACUUUUAUGUUUCCUUAAAUUUAGUCAUCUAUAGCAUAACAGGGAAUUGACACACAGUAGUGAGUUGCAGUCUUAAUGUACAUGGUUAGUUGUAUUGCUGCUACAUAGAGUGAGUUUUGUAUUCAGUUUUUUGUACACCUCAGAGACGUGGUGUAUUGGGACUGAAGUGCACUGACAUGGCACACUGCUUCAACAGGUCGAGUCUAGUCUUAAAAGUCCAAAUGCUGCAGCAUGGAUUCACAGAUACACACUCACACACACACUUAAUUCAUCAUCAACAGUAAUAGUUUAGCACUGUGAGUUACUUUGUUAAUUCAGUCCACUUUAGAUGCACUGUGGGAGGUGUGAGAAGUGUAAUUAAUAUUUUAGAAAUACUUAAGGAAUCAGUAUGCUUCAAAUAAACCAAGCUUCAAGUGUUGAGUGUAGAAGUUGGGAGAGUUGGCCACACCCACAGGCAGGAUGACAGAAGAACUGCCAUAAUAUCCACCAGUCUCUCUCUCCAAUCAGUGAGUCGUACAAGUCAGGGCGAUGGCAUGCUUAGCCUGUCUUUGCCCUCCAUUACGCAUACUGUGAUGGUCAUUUUGUAAAGAAUGAAACAGAGAGCUUGAAAGAGUGCGGCGUAUUUUCACCUGGCCAAAAACCAAACAGACUGCUAAGCAGGCAUGAUUGUCAGAUUGUUUGAGAAAAUAAACAUACCAAUUGUCUGACUUGCCUUCAACUCUUCCCACUGUCAGAACAGAAGCUUCAGGCUCUGUAGAUGACUGGACAAGCGUUUCAUUUGAAACAUAAUGAGCCCUCACAGUUUGAACAAAUCAUUCCUCAGGUUUUUGCUGCUUGUCCCACUGUUAGCAUUCAGUCAUAGCAUGCAGUAUUCAGGAGGAUGCGCUGGACCUGUUGUUGGUCAGAGCAGGGCAGCACAGUGAUCUAGUGUGGCAUAUCGUGGAUGUAAUGUGUAGAGGCCGGUUGCAGACCUGUUGCAUCACCGUACAUUAGGAUAUAAAGUGAUCAGAGAAACUUGAACAAUGAAAACACACAGCCAGUGUUUCGGCACACUGCUGUCUUUCCUCGCCUGCUCCUCUGGAGAAGAAGGAAAGAACCAAACAGUGAGUUCACGUGGCUCACAGAGUGACGUUAAGCCUGUACCUAGUUGCUGUCUCAUGACACAGAUACUUGCACCCGCUAGAUAUCAUCAUUGUUCAGAUGUAGACUACUUUCUGAUGCAAUAAGUUUCCAUUGGACACGUGUAAAUAAUAACUUUAGAUGAAAUGCGUAAAACAAGCUGCCUUUCAUAACUACUAGUGGUCAAACUAAAGGCUGUAGCUGCAUAAAGACUCCCUAAGUUCUGCUGGUGGGUUUGUAAUCGUGUGUGCGCUGUCUGACAUGGUUAUAUUUUUGAGGUCAGCCUCCUUGCUGCAUUGUGUUGACAUUUCAGAGCUUCAGGAGUUUACAUCUUUAAUACAUUUCGGUCCUGAUCCCAUGAAAAAGCACUACACACCAGUGUGGAGUCAUCAGAAGUGUACAUGGAGGAGGGCCUUUGCUCUGAUUUGGAGCUGCUUUUCUCACUGCGUCCUGUGUGAUUGUGACACUAGUGGAAAGUACCGAAUCUCCUAAAAAAAAGCUUAUCUGUGGUUGGUGUCUCUACUACUAAAAAAAAAAGUUUGGUUGAGUUAAAGCUUAUUGUUUGCAGAGGUCUGCUCUGUGUUCUUAGGUGUGUUUUCUUUAGAACUCAACGUGCCUGAAGUUGUUCGAUUUUUAGAAACUUGUAUAUAAUAAUUAACACAGUUCCUGUCCCGUCAUGGAAACGGUUACUUCAGAGAAAAGAUAAUAUACACACUGACUGAUAGAACGUUUGUUUGAAAGUUUCUCUCCACUGAGUUUGAAAAGUGUUUGUAAUAGUUAAAGGAUAGGUUUGUAUUUUUUCUGUAACAAUACUUUCAUGCCAUAUAGCUACAUUAUGCCUCGAGUUAUUGAUUACUGUAACCGUUCCUACUCUUGGCACUGUGAAGUGAUCCACUCCUGAUGAGACACAUCAAAAGUCUCGUCAGAGUCCCAGUCCUUUGUUUGGUGCAGAAAUCUGGUUCAAGUCAAAUCUAACAUGAAGCUGUAUCCUAACUUCAGGAGUCACUUCCUUUUUAGUAUCACAUUCCCUCCCUGUGUUUCCAUGGACAGCGUCCUUGCUGAGCUCUGUUUGAGUGGUAGUUUCUGUUGCUGUUUUGUUGCACUAAGAAGAAAUGACAUCACAGCCAGUAUGGCGAGAAAGGACGGCUGCGGCAAUGGCUGAGUCUUAUGGCAUGUGAGAAAUGUAGUAAGAGACUUGAUAAAAAUAUUAAACUUAUCCUUUAAGUCACUGGUGUUCAUAACUCUACCAGUCCCGUACACGCAACCGUAGCCUAACUCACGGCAGGGUCAGAUUGUCUGAACUCUUUCUAACCUGUGCGUGCGUGCGUGCGUGCGUGCGUGUGUGUGUGUGUGUGUGUGUUAGAUUUAAAGGUAAGAAGUGCGGUAACUAUUUUAAUAUGAUCUUUUGGAAUGACUCACUUCAUGAUACUAAUGAGUCAUGUGGAUUCUAGCGUCACACUCGAGUGUAAAUGGACUAGUAUCAGCCGCGUGGGUGAUGUUUCGGGUGGUGUUUGGUGUUCUGUGAAUCAGCCUCGCUUCUCUCUAUACUGUGUGUGAUGUGACUGAGCAAUAGGCAGAGUAGAUCUUAAGUCAGUCUUACAGGACUGACAGCAGAUCAGACAUUUAAACCUUGAUAUUUUAAUGUUGUGAAAAUAGGGGCUGGGUACCCUAACUGUUCUUACUCAUUCCAGUUGUAUUGGUGAAUAGCGGGUUCAAGGGAACUUUGGUUUUUACCGACAGGGGUUUGUGAACCAGGGUCAGGAAAGACUUUGUUUCUGUCUUUCUCUUAUUUAUUGAUGAUUUUCGCAGAUGUUCUCAUCUGCGGCCACAGCUCUUUAAGGUGGAUUCAAUGUUUACAGAGAGAGAUCACUCUUUGCAACAUUCACGUCAUCGCGGCGCACUCUCUCUAAAAAAGAAUGUUCUUUAGGCACGGUACUGUCUCCUUUCCUUCAAAUCACUCUUAUUCUGAUACCGUCUCCUGCAGGGGCAUUUCUAACCACUUUUUGAGCACAAACUAGGUAUCAAACUCUCUUAGCAGCCUUUUGUCUAUAGGUUUUCACUACAACUUGUUCAUGGCAACACUUCAAAAUACUGUAAAAUGAGUUGUCAUACGGUGGGCGGCGUCUAAGUAUUUGAAUGGCCUGCUGAAUGAAACAAACCCAUCUUUUCUAAACAAGCUGCUUUUUAUAACCUCUUAGCAAUAGCAUUGACAGAAUAUCUUUUUUAAAUUUCCAUAAUGCAACAUCAGGAGUGUUUUUACAAUAACGUCACACCAGAUUUCCUGUGAAUCGAUGUCAGAAGCGAAUCCCUACUUAGAGAGGCUCACUUUUUUUGGUUUGUUUUUUUAAUCAUUUUGGCUCCGUUUUGUGUUAGCAUGGUGUCUCCCAAAAAGGACUGUGUUCAUGUUGUAUCAAAAGGAGGAGGUAACAAGUGCCACAGUUACUGGAAAUCCCUGUAAAUAAUGGACCUGUACGGCUUCAUGAUACACACAAGAUACUGUACUGCUUGCACACGAGGGGGAAUACCAGACCUAACACAGCUGUUUGUUUCAGAGAAGAAGAGGAUGAGAGAGAGGACUGUUGUUCGGAGUUGUUGUUUUUUCUUCUUCUUUUCAUAUCUCUAGGUGAAUUGCAAUACUUGUGUUUAUAGUUUCUGAGGUGUCAGGGGUGUUCAGUUUGCAAUAAAUGGUAUAUUCUG